GAAUCAAUCCAAAAACCCCACAUCCAUCAAUAAAGAAGAGAGAGAAAGUAGAGUUCUGAAAACAGAGUAAUAGACUAUAGGUCUCCACUCUGAUCCUUACUUUCCCUUCUCAGAAACAGCUCGUCUCUCAAACUUUCUCCAUUUUCUCAGCACCCUCUUAUUGAAAUCAAUCAUUUUAUACAAUGGAAAAAGAUUAGAAUUUUGGUGUCAAGUUAUUGGGUAAUUUAGAUAGAGAGAUAGGAGAUAUUCAUUGAAGGGUUCAGGGUUCAAGCAAGAAAUAUGGGGAGUACUAAAAAGAGAUGGAAAAUAUCAUUUCACAGAUCUUGUAAUGUUAUUAAAUCAGAAAACAAACAACCACCGAAAGAGUUUAUUUGUCCAAUUUAUGGUUCAUUAAUGGCAGAUCCAGUUAUAGUUACCUCAGAUCAGACUUUCGAGAGAAAUAUUGUUUUGGUUUGUAAAAACAUGGGUUUUAAUCCUGUGAUUUCUUCUUUAGAUGGUUCAACACCUGAUUUUUCUACAGUUAUACCGAAUAACGCCAUUAAAUCGACUAUUCAGAACUGGUGUGAUACUCAUGGUGUUGAUAGACCAAAACCCCUUGAAUUUGGUGUUGCGGAGAAAAUCGUCACCACUUUAAUGGCUUCUCAACCUCAGGCAGAAGAAGAUGAAGAAGAAGAAGAGAAUUUUAAAACUCCUGAGAGGGAUGUUGAAGAAGUGGAAAAUAUUGGGGAUUCUGAUCGGGAAUUGCUUGAAGCACUCGCAGAGAAUCGACUACCGAAAUUUUCACUCUCUCAUCCAUCGACUGAGUUAAAUCGUCGACCGGGUCAUUUCUAUACAAGUUCAGAAGAAUCAGUAACAACAACGAUUUCCGCUACUCCUUUACCAUUAUCAACACGUCCAGCUUGUUAUUCAUCAUCUUCAUCAUCAGAAAUCGAAACGUUAAAUCUCUGCCCAUCGGAAGAAGAAGAUGAAAUUGUUACCAAAUUAAGAAGUUCUCAACUUUAUGAUCAGGAAGAAGGUGUCAUCGCAUUACGGAAACUCACAAGAACUAAAGAGGAAAUUAGGGUUUCACUCUGUACUCCGAGGUUACUCUCAUCACUUCGUCCAUUGCUGAUUUCUCGUUAUACAGCUAUUCAAAUCAACGCAGCUGCAGCUUUAGUAAAUCUCUCACUAGAGAAGAUGAACAAGGUGAAGAUUGUACGUUCAGGAAUUGUUCCAUUAUUGAUCGAAGUGUUGAAAGGUGGGUUUCCGGAAUCACAAGAACACGCAGCUGGAGCACUGUUUAGUUUGGCUCUGGAUGAUGAGAACAAAACUGCCAUUGGAGUUUUAGGAGCUUUACAACCACUACUUCAUAUGUUGAGGUCAGAAAGUGAGCGAACUCGGAACGAUUCAGGACUUGCUCUGUAUCAUUUAUCUCUUGUUCAAAGUAAUCGGUCUAAAUUGGUUAAGCUCGGGUCGAUUCCGAUGUUGUUAUCCAUGGCAAAGACGAGGGAUUUGGGUAGUAGGGCAUUGCUUAUUUUGUGCAAUUUGGCUACCUGUAUUGAGGGUAGAGCUGCAAUGCUUGAUUCUAAUGCGGUUGAGGUUUUUGUUGGAAUGUUAAGAGGAAAGGAUAAUGAAUCGGAAUCGACUCGGGAUAAUUGUGUUGCGGCGUUGUAUGCGUUGAGUCAUGGUAGUUUGAGGUUUAAAGGGUUGGCAAAAGAAGCGGGUGCGGUGGAGGUGUUUAGAGAUGUGGCGGAGAGAGGAAGUGAAAGAAGUGGAGAGAAAGCUAAGAUAAUUUUACAAAUGAUGAGAAGUGGUGGUGGUGGGAGAAACGAAAGCGAAUCGGUUGUUGAAGAGAUUGAUUGGGAAAGUGUGUUGAACUCGGGUGCAGUAGUGAGUCAUAGUCGUUUUCGUGUUGGUGGUGUUUUAAGUCCUAACUCAACCGAGUUUUGAUAAAUUGUUCUUAGUCACUCGGUUCGGUGUUCUUCUUCGUUUGUUCUUUCCUCCUAAAUUGGAGAUAGAUUUGUAAAUUAUUGUCAACAAGGUGUUGGUGUUUUUCUGUCUUAGGUUGACCCAGUUGGGUAAUCCGGUUACCCGAAUAACCGAACACCCAACAGGACAGUAGGAUGUGAGAGUCACGAGUGAUGAUGAUGUCUCUUGUUUUGUACUUCGUUGGAAAUCGGAUUUGGGAUCAUGAUGAUGAUUGAUGAUGAUGAUGAUGGAGAUUCCCGAGUUGGACCUGGUCCUUGCUAAUUUAUGACGUCUGGGUCCAUUUUUUUCCCAUGAUUUCUCAGUCUGGUUUGGUUUUAGAAUGUAAAAAUCUGAACCGACUAGUAAAUAUAUAACUUUUACGAUUUCAUUUGAAUUAGAUUUAUGAUUUUGUGUUCUUUCUUUUUUA